AUGGCUGACCGACGACGUAUUAAUGGCCCAGGAGGCAAUACUGUACCUCCUGUUUUCGAGGCCGAUGAAUCUACCGUCCCAGGGCGUACUCGUGCAGCAAAUGGUAUCAGAGCGCAAUAUCUCAAGACAGGAGUUACCCCAUCUGCCUCUGGCUCAGCAUAUCUUGAAAUUGAAUCGCAAGAUGCUUCCGGCAGCAAGGGUAUGAAACUUACAUGUACCGUUCAUGGACCCAGGUCUCUGCCUCGAUCAGCACCCUUCUCACCUCACAUGGUCCUUUCUACACAUGUCAAGUAUGCACCUUUCGCGACACGUCAAAGGCGAGGUUAUCUCCGCGAUUCCAGCGAGCGUGACUUGAGCUCACAUCUCGAGGCGGCUCUGCGCGGUGCCAUUAUUGCAGACCGAUGGCCCAAGAGUGGUGUGGAUGUAAUCGUCACCAUCAUUGAAGGGGACCAAGCCAGACAGGUAGCUGUCGAACAAGGAAGUGAGGAAUGGGACAUGAUGAAUGUGCUGGGUGGUUGUAUUACCGUUGCGGCAGCUGCUCUUGCUGAUGCAGGCAUUGACUGUGUCGACACAGUCUGUGGAGGUGUUGCAGCACUCGUGCCUGGACAAGACAAUGGUGAGCCCAUCAUGGUACUUGAUCCAGUUCCUUCGGAGCACCCACAGAUUCUCGCUGCUUGCUGCGUGGCUUACCUUCCUGCGCGAGAUGAAAUCACAAACCUUUGGCUGAAGGGAAGCCUACCUUCAUCUGACGCUAACCUCCAUCGAGGCCUUGUUGCUCGAGCAGUACAUGCAAGCAAGGGUACCAACCUUGCUAUAGUUGCAUCUCUCAACGAAUCCAUUCUCGCGGUCUGA